AUUUUUAGUUAACAUUAAUAAAGAAUUAUUUUUAAUUUGACUCUAGCUAAACUUGACACCUUAUGACAAAGUUUUUACCACGAAAGGAGUUUAUUCAGUGGUCAAACAUUGACACUAAAAUGUAGUUAACUAAACUCCCAGAUAGUUUAUUCCAGAGCACGGAAUUUUCUGUGUUCCGAGAACAAAGGCCCACAAACACGCACAGUCUCGCUGGGACACCAGGGUCCCGUUUCACCUGAGACCUCCAGCGAGCGUAUGCGACACCAGUGGGCGGAGCGAAAGCCCCACGUCAUAAAAGCGCGCCACCUGACGUCUCCUCUGUUUUCUCUGGCAAAUCAAGGUCCUUCGACCUCCACAGGACCUGGUUCUCUGCUCAGAGGGAGACAGACUGGAACAGAACCUGCUCCCACUACAGCUCCACCGGAAAGGAAUCCGUCGCCAAAAACAGAGGACGCUGUGAUCAGCUGAUCACCGGGACGAGACGGGAGCGAUAGACCGUGAGCUCGACACGACGACGGACGACUGCGACGGAAAGCAACACGGAGGACGAAGGGCCAAAACCGGGACCGAACAGCAAUCAACGCAACGAACGGAGGAACCGGCCGGGUUGAGAUCCACCUGCUUCCUUGAACAACCAUGGAAGUACAGAAAACGAAACAAAGAGGAAGACGAUACUCAACACAGUAUCUUUGUCAGCAAUGUGACCGUACCUUCACCAGAUCAUCAGCGCUAAAGAAUCAUCAAAAGGUUCACUCUAGCAGCAGACAGUUACUGCUUCACAAACGUGUUCACAUGGGAGAGAAACCAUAUUCAUGUGACCAGUGUGGCAAAACAUUUACUGCAAGAAGGAACCUAAAGCGUCAUCAGCAAGUUCAUGCAGAAGAAAGACCAUACACCUGCAGCGAAUGUGGAGCAGCAUUUAAAAGGUCAAGUACGUUGACAAUCCACAAUCGUGUUCACACUGGAGAGAAACCAUACUCAUGUGAACAGUGUGGAAAAGCAUUCUCUUGCAGCAGUCAUUUACAGAGUCACCAACGUGUUCACACAGGAGAGAAACCUCACUCAUGUGAACAAUGUGGAAAAGCAUUCUCCUGCAGCAGACAGUUACUGCUUCACAAACGUGUUCACACGGGAGAGAUACCAUACUCAUGUGAUCAGUGUGGAAAAGCAUUCUCUCAAUGCAGUCAUUUAUGGAUUCACCAACGUGUUCACUCCGGAGAGAAGCCUCAUAUUUGUGAACAAUGUGGAAAAGCAUUCUCUCAGCGCAGUCAUUUACUGAGUCACCGACGUGUUCACACCGGAGAGAAACCUCAUAUUUGUGAACAAUGUGGAAAAGCAUUCUCUCAGCGCAGUCAAUUACUGAUUCACCAACGUGUUCACACGGUGUGUGGAAAAGCAUUCUCUGACAGCAGUCAUUUACGGAGACACCAACGUGUUCACAAUAAUGAGUCUUCUCUCUAGUGUAAACAGUGUGGGAAUGUAUUUGUGAUGUUAUAUGUGCUGCCUUUCUCGUUCUCCAGUAAAGGUUGUGUGGCAUCACCAUUAGGCCAAUAGGCGAAAGACAACAUUGAAACAAAAACUAGGCUAAACAUAAUUUAGAUGUCAGCCAUAAUAGCUUCAGUUUCUUUUCUAUUCUGCCUCAGCGACGUGCCCGGGGUGGGGAAUAGCCACUGCCCAUUUGCCCUCACAAUUCGAAGUGCCCUGAACAAUGGCAAAUAAUUAAUUUUUUUCCUACUCCACUCUGGGUUUUACCUUUCUCGUUCAAGCCCAAAUAGCCACAGUCUCUGUCAGUCUCUGCCCUUAAAAAUGUCUGCACAACCCUGGCCUGUGUAAUGAAAAUAAUGUCUUUCUUAUCAUAUAGUCUUAUCUUAUAGUUUAUGCCCCAUUGUGUGCAUGGAAUUCAUCUCAUUCGGUUUGUCAUAUCAGUUUUAAGUAUUGUAUGGGGAAAAAGUGUUCUUCCUUAUUCUAUGUGGUUUUUAUAUGAUUUUAUGAUUAACGUUCUGCAAUUAAUAUCUUAUGGUUUGUCUUACAUCUGUUUUAUGUAUUUGACAUUUCACCUAGGUUGUUCAAUGGUUGUUUUAACUCAUCAAAAUUCAAAAAUACACCUUCACAUAAAAUGCAGGUAACUAAGGGAGGUUGGGAGCUGUUUUUGUGGGUACCAAAAUCAUCAUCAAACUCAUUAAGUGAAUUAGAGUCAGGGUUUCUGAACAUAGUGCAUUGUGUCAUUUGAUACGAGAGUGCUGCUGAGGUCACACGCAUGAUGAGACCUCUAACCAGUGGGAUAACGCAACAACCAAGCAAGAGAAUCACAGCCAUCACAAUGAUAAAGGAAACAGCUGCAGACAUGAGAACAGAUUUCCACUUUCCAGAUCAGAUAUUUCGUCUAGCCAAUUCCAAGAGGAAGAAUUUGUACCAGAGUUAGCUGAGACUCUGAAGGCCGUGCAACACCUUCGCCACAGUACCAUUAGAAUCAGUAUUAUUUGGGAUACAAGUACAACAUGCCUCUUCUAACAUAACACAUGCCUCGUUUGUCGUUUGCUAACAACAUGUCUACUGUCAUUUGAUUCUGCCGUCUGGGAUGUAAGAGCCAAUUGUUCAGACAUGACCUUCAUGCCAUCAUAACAUUAAUGAAACGCCAUUGAUUGUAAUAAAAACAGUUAAUGUAUGUUAACCAUAAUUCCAGUGGGGUUCUGUUUCAUAUAAUCUUAAAAUAGUUUUCAUGCUUUUGGAUUUUUAAUUGUACAUUUGGAUCUAGAGAAUCAGGGAUUAACCAGAAUGAUGAUGCAUUUGCUGCUUGUGUUGUCUUAUAACCAUUUGAACUAUUUGUUGUUGUGAAAUGUUCUCAUUCACAAAAAGUGUAAAAUUACACAGAAACAUCAUAAGAUCAAGGUAAUAAUCAGAGUAACAUAAAAUGAGUUCUAACAG